UACCAUGUAAACUUUUCUGCUGUUGUUGAGAACAGAACAUCGCAGAAUUUGCGUGUCGAUAUCAUCGGGAAAAUCAUAAUGGCAUCAUCCAGGGGAAGUCCGGUGAUUGACAAAGCCAAGAAAUAUGAUCGCCAAUUGAGAUUGUGGGGAGACCAUGGACAGGAAGCAUUAGAAUCAGCUCAUGUGUGUCUUAUCAAUGCUACUGCUACUGGCACAGAAACCCUCAAGAAUCUCAUCUUACCAGGAAUUGGUUCUUUCACCAUUGUUGAUGGUGGAAAGGUCAAAGGUGACGAUGUCGGUAACAAUUUCUUCUUUACAAAGGACAGUAUUGGGCAAUCAAGGGCUCAGGUAGCUUCAGAGUUGCUCCAAGAAUUGAACAGUGAUGUCAGAGGAGAUUUCGUAGAGGAGUCUGUUGAGCAACUUCUGGAAAGCAACCCCAGUUUCUUUGAUAACUUCAAUGCUGUCAUAGCGACUGCUUUACCUGAGAGGACUCUACUGGAUCUAGCUGCUGUAUUGUGGAGUAAUGACAUUCCUCUGUUGGUAUGCCGUUGCUAUGGUUUCCUCGGCUACAUGAGAUUGGCCAUCAAAGAGCACACAGGUAAUUAUUUGGGUAGUAAAUUGCGUUUUGAAUUGUGUCUAUUACUUUUCAAGCAGCAUCAUACCCACCAACCAGUAAGAUUUCAUCAGACAAAAUACAAUAUUUUUCAUUUCAAAAUAGGGAGAGAAAAAAUCUUAAGCAAAAUCAGAUUCUGUAAUUAUAAGCAGAGUACUUUUAGUUUGUGUUUGCCUAAAAAUAGAUUUUUUUUCUUUGUUCCAGGAAGAUUUUUCAUUUUAAAACUUUGACAGGUAUGCAACACCCAUGUAGACACAAGGGCCCGAAUUCACAAAGGUGGACUAAAGUUAUACCCGGGGUAUAAAACGCGUCAUUUGACGUCAUUUUAAUCCAUGGACUAAAGUUAGCACCUAGGGGCUAACUUUUGCGAUUCACAAAGGUCGACUAAAGUAAUACCGGGGUAUAAAACGCGUCAUUUGACGUCACGACUUAGUCAGCUCCUUGGGGUGGACUAAAUCGGUGGGUUAAAGUUAGUCCACUGUUUUAACCAAUCAGAGAGCAGCAUUUCGAUUGCGGAAAAGUUUGCUGCAAGAAAAAAGUUUUUUGGACAGAGACGAGAUUCGGUGUGAUCGGCUUAUCUAAAGCUUCAUAUUUCACGACUUCGACCGAGAUU